CUCAAAAUGGCGACAUGUAAAAGUUGACAACAUGUCCAACAGUAAGAACUCUAUUUCUAAUUUUCUUUUUUUGAUACUAUAAACAUGACAAGACCAGCAUGGUGGCCAUUUUGCCGGGUUUUGAUGGAGAAAAGAUCUUGGAAAGUUAGCAGUACAGHGAUUAUUUCGAUGGUUGGACUGGCAAGUCGAUUUUGGAUAAAGUGGUUAAACCGGGUUAAUUGCCACAAUCUAGGAGAAUUACAAAAGUCUACACAGAAACGGCCUGAAGGUGUCCCAUUAGUKACUGUAUCCAACCAUCAAUCAUGUUUAGAUGACCCUCUGAUGUGGGGAAUAUUGAAUAUGGGACUCUUGCUCAGUCAUCACAAGCAAAGAUGGUCACUAGCAGCUAAGGAACUGCUAUUUACAAAUUCUCUUUAUUCCUACUUUUUCAGCAGAGGAAAGACAAUACCAGUUGUACGAGGUGAUGGUGUUUAUCAAAUUGGAGUUGACUUUGCCUUAGAACAGCUUAAUCAAGGACAGUGGGUCCAUGUCUUUCCUGAAGGGAAAGUAAUUGAAGAUGGUUCAUUAGUACGACUGAAAUGGGGUGUAGGACGCYUGAUAGCUGAAUCAAACAUUACUCCUGUAGUCCUGCCAUUAUGGCAUGUUGGUAUGGAUGAUAUUUUACCCAACAAGACUCCAUACAUUCCUCAAAUAAUGAAAAAAGUAACUAUUCUUGUUGGUGAACCAAUGAAAUUUGAYGAUAUUUUAAAGGAUUACCAUAGAAGGAAAAGUAAUGCAAUGGAAACACGCAAAAGAAUAACAGAUAAGAUUGAAAAUCGCUUCAAAGAAUUGAAAAAAGAGGCUGAUUUUUUACAUAGCAAAUGGAGUUGACAUGAAUUUGAUGUUUUUUUGUAAGUAAAUGACAUUGUAAAUAAUAGUCAGACAAGCAAUUUAACCUAUAUAAUUAUAAAACUUAGAGUGAUCUCGCAUUAUCUUUGAAGAACAUCAAGGUGGCUAAGUAGUAGACUUUGUACUGUUUGUCCUACAAAUAUCUUUAUAGCAUGUAACAUUUGUCUGAGAAUAUUAUCAAUACAGAAAUUCAGUACAGAAAAACAAACAGACAUCAAUAUUGAACAAAGUUUUAUUUCAAAUCCUUCAAUGUACACAUUUACAGCUGCAAUAUUUACAUAGUUUUAGUUCUCUACAGCUACAUGUAAUCCAACAUAAUGAUAUAAUGAAAAUUCACAAAAYGCUUUUGGUCAAUAAAACCUUUGAUACAUUUUCAUGCUACUCAUCAACACUGGGUUCUUGUACCAAAAGUUCUCUGUUUUCAUAUGUCCAGAAACCAUUCAGAUCUAUUAAUAUACUGGUUACUGUUUCACCUUGUGAGCUGUGAAUUAAUAAUGAUAAUUUAUCAAAUGAAAGCAAUUUAACUUCAAUAUUUAGAGUUGAUUUUGUUGUUUAAAAAUGGACGKGAGGAAUUUGUGUCAAAAUCAUUUUCUCCAUUUCAGWUUUUGUGGGCUGUAUUGCCUUGUAAAGCUUCUUACUUAAAGGUUUCUUACUCAAACAAAAUCUUCUCUAUGGUAAUAACCUUGACAUAGUAUUACRGUUGUCAUAUCUACCUGUUAAGAAGAUCUUGUAAAGUAAUUCUGUAUGGGUCUUUUGGUUUUACCAUGUCAAAGAUUUCAUCCUGUCAAGUUUAAAUUAUACAAUUCUAAGAUAUCUUUGAGUGUUACAGAGAAUUUCAUUAGAAGCCAGCAACCAGUGAAAUCAAGCAUCUWUUUUGACCUUUCRGCCRGCUGCUUYUGCCAAAUUAAAGUUGUAAAACUUAGACCUUAUGAUUCAUAUAAAUUACAGUUACUUUUAGGAAAAAAGAAUAAUGAAACCCCUGAUAUUGAAUUGUGUAAGAAACCUAUCAGUGUCAACUUGUCAAAUUUAUAGCUUCCAUAAUAAAAUGUUUUAUGAUGA